ACCUAAGCGAGAAAGCUGGCAGGAUUCCGAGGAGGGAGUUUAUUCAACAGAUAUUUAUUGUACCUUGGCCAUGCGCCAGGCGUUGUCCUGGACAAGUGACACAUUCAAGUGACCAAGGCAGCACCUACUUUGGAUUUCAGAAAUAACCCUUCGGCUUUCCGAAUACUUGAAGCGAGGACGCUGACUGGAGUGAAAUGGAGGCCUCAGUAAUAUUACCCAUUCUGAAGAAAAAGCUAGCUUUCCUGUCAGGAGGAAAGGACAGACGAAGUGGCCUCAUUCUGACAAUUCCAUUAUGCCUCGAACAAACAAGUAUGGAUGAAUUGAGUGUCACUUUGGAUUAUCUCCUCAGCAUUCCAAGUGAAAAGUGUAAAGCUAGAGGAUUUACUGUGAUUGUGGAUGGCAGAAAAUCACAAUGGAAUGUGGUGAAAACAGUAGUCUUAAUGCUACAGAAUGUUGUUCCAGCCGAAGUGUCCCUUGUUUGUGUAGUGAAGCCAGAUGAGUUCUGGGAUAAGAAAGUGACACAUUUUUGUUUUUGGAAAGAAAAGGAUAGACUUGGCUUUGAGGUUAUUUUAGUGUCUGCCAAUAAAUUGACUCGUUAUAUUGAGCCAUGCCAGUUAACAGAAGAUUUUGGUGGGAGUCUUACCUAUGAUCACAUGGACUGGUUAAAUAAGAGGCUGGUUUUUGAGAAGUUUACAAAGGAAUCUACUUCGUUAUUAGAUGAACUUACUUUGAUUAAUAAUGGAAGUGAUAAAGGAAAUCAGCAAGAGAAAGAAAGGUCUGUGGAUUUAAACUUUCUGCCAUCAGUUGAUCCUGAAACAGUUCUUCAGACAGGACAUGAAUUGUUGUCCGAAUUACAGCAGCGUCGAUUUAAUGGCUCCGAUGGAGGGGUCUCAUGGUCUCCGAUGGAUGAUGAACUGCUUGCCCAGCCACAGGUUAUGAAAUUAUUAGAUUCACUCCGAGAGCAGUAUACUCGCUACCAGGAAGUUUGUAGGCAGCGUAGCAAGCGCACACAGUUAGAAGAGAUUCAACAGAAGGUGAUGCAGGUUGUGAAUUGGCUUGAAGGGCCCGGAUCUGAACAGCUGAGAGCCCAGUGGGGGAUCGGUGACUCUAUCAGGGCUUCCCAGGCCCUGCAGCAGAAGCAUGAAGAGAUCGAGAGCCAGCACAGUGAAUGGUUUGCAGUGUAUGUGGAGCUUAAUCAGCAAAUUGCAGCGCUCUUGAAUGCUGGAGAUGAGGAAGACCUUGUGGAAUUAAAGUCACUGCAGCAACAACUUAGUGAUGUUUGUUAUCGACAGGCCAGUCAGCUGGAAUUUAGGCAAAAUCUCUUACAAGCAGCUCUAGAAUUUCAUGGUGUUGCCCAAGAUUUGUCUCAGCAGUUGGAUGGCUUAUUAGGGAUGUUGUGCGUAGAUGUAGCACCAGCUGAUGGAGCAUCGAUUCAGCAAACUUUAAAACUGCUUGAAGAGAAGCUGAAAAGUGUUGAUGUAGGAUUGCAAGGUUUGCGUGAAAAAGGUCAAGGUCUCCUGGAUCAGAUCUCCAAUCAGGCGUCCUGGGCCUAUGGAAAGGAUGUAACCAUUGAAAAUAAAGAAAAUGUGGAUCACAUACAAGGAGUGAUGGAAGAUAUGCAACUUAGGAAACAAAGAUGUGAAGACAUGGUGGAUGUGCGCAGGUUAAAGAUGCUUCAGAUGGUGCAGCUAUUUAAAUGUGAAGAAGACGCUGCCCAGGCUGUGGAAUGGCUGAGUGAACUUCUGGAUGCCCUCCUUAAGACCCACACCAGGUUGGGUGAUGAUGCCCAGGAAACAAAAGUUCUGCUGGAAAAGCACCGAAAAUUUGUUGAUGUUGCACAGAGUACUUACGACUAUGGUAGACAAUUGCUGCAGGCCACGGUUGUGUUGUGCCAGUCUCUGCGCUGCACCUCUCGGUCCUCUGGGGAUACGCUUCCUCGCCUGAACAGAGUGUGGAAACAGUUUACAAUAGCAUCUGAAGAAAGGGUACAUAGGUUGGAAAUGGCUAUUGCAUUUCACUCAAAUGCUGAAAAGAUUUUGCAAGACUGUCCAGAAGAGCCCGAGACUGUUAAUGAUGAAGAGCAAUUUGAUGAGAUUGAAGCAGUGGGGAAAUCUCUUUUGGAUAGGUUAACGGUUCCUGUGGUUUAUCCUGAUGGAACCGAGCAAUAUUUUGGGAGUCCAAGUGACAUGGCUUCUACUGCAGAGCACAUCAGAGACAGGAUGAAACUAGUUAGUCUCAAAAGGCAGCAGAUGAGACAUCCUGAAAUGGUGUCCACAGAGAGCUAAUAGCUACCGGCGUCCCACAGAUCCGCAGCUCAUCUCCUGCAUGUUGUCCGCAUACUGCAGCACUCACCCCAGUACGUUAAGAUGCAUCUCACAGCAGGAUAAGCCUCGUUUCUUCCCACCCACAUUUCUCUCUCCAUGCCAACACCUCACAACUACCAACGCAUAAUUAUUUAAUGUGCUUUGAGCCCAUAGACUCCAGGUACCUGAAAAGAAGGAACUGUAAACAUUGCACUGAAAACUCGCUUUGGAGCAUUACCCGACCUGUCGUUUGCAGAUGAACAACUGAUAACAAGCUUUGAAUGGUGCUAAUAAGAGUUUAGGAAUUCUCUCUUUUAGAAAAAAUGGUUGUCCUUCCUCCCCAGGUGAUGUAGUAAAUUUAGAUUGUAAUUAAACUAUUAUUAGUAGACAGUGGUGUUCUCAAAAUUUUACUUGGUAACUCUUCAGAAUCGAUUAUUUUUAUUGUGUCAAUAUGGAGAAAAUCCACCAGAUCUUUGAUAUAUUACAUUCGUUGAAGGACAUUUUCUUAUUUGUAUCGAUAAUGUAUUAAAACUUCUUUGUGCUAAAUAAAAGGCUUCUAUGAACAUCUUAUUUAAUUUGGUAGUUAUAUCCUAUCUCCAAACAUGAGUGCCUUACUUAAAAGGGCAUUCUUAAGAUUGUGGGGGUGAUUUAAUAAUUGUUUUUUCAUGGUGAUUGCAUGUGUCUUAGCCAGGAAAUUCAUAUAUAAGCAUGUGUAUAUAAUAAAUAAGCAUGUUUUAUCAUGAAGAAUAAUUGUGAAAAAUUAGAUUUUUAAGGACAUUUUAAUAAUGGAACACUGUUUCUAAUUUUUCUCUUCUUCAGCUUGAAAAAUACUGUCCAAAUUAUUAACUACCCUGAAGAUACUGUCUUUGGGGAAGGAGGGUUAAGGAAGAAGGCAUUCAUAAUUACUUCAGUGUAAUUAAUCCUUUAUAUCAGAAUAAUCUUUCUGGAACUAAAAUAGCAAUUGUUAAUACAGCUAAUUUCUCAUGACAGACUAGAGGCGAAAUCAGUUCUGAAGCAGUCUAAUCACAGCACUGUACAACUCCUUUAGAAAUAAAAUUUAUCAUAAAAUGCUAGUCCUUUUAUAUUUGUAUUUAGUUUCAAUUGUAAAAUGCAUAUAAUUUCAUUUUUGUGGUAAUUUUUGUUUCAGAUUUUUUUAAAGAGUAAAAAAGAUUUUAGGCUUGUGAUCAGUAUAAAAUCAGGCAAAGAAUCGUGUGCUGGUUCCUUUUUGUGGUCCACAGACUGGCUCCUGUAACCUCUGCUGCAGAAGCCGCCCUGAGUCUGCUGGCUCCUGAAGCCCCUUCACUGCCGGACUUUGUGGAGAAGUCCACACCCACUGCCCCACAUCCCCAGCACUCACUGCGCUGCCUCUCCCUGCCGGCUGGUUUCACAUGGCACUGUAAUGACGCUGUCCUCUUGAAAGUCAGCAGUGGUUUCCAGUUACCAAAUGUAGUGUUUUUUCCUUGGCCGGCAUUCCGUACCUUUCUCUUUUCCUGUAACAUUUGACCAUUGGCCAGCCUUUCCUAGACACCAGUGCCAUAACUGUGAGCAUAGUUCUGUAAGUCUUGCUUAAAAGAUAUCUUCUAAACAUGCGCUGUCUGAGAGUCCAUCCUCAAAAUGCUGUGGCUCUAAGUAUCUCAUCCUCAGGCCUUGUAGUUCACCUGUGUCCUCCAUUACCGUCCGGUUCCGAAUACCAAGUUUACACUUUCAGCUGCCUACUUUACAUGUUAGCCUAGAGGAGAAUUUAUCAUACCUGCCACUUUUCUUCUCUUGGAAUAAUUUGGGUUAAUGGUGCAACCUUUUUUCCUACUCAAACAUGCCAGGAUCUGAGGCAAAAUUCAGCUGUUCCCUCUUAUGCUGCCACUGCUUCGAAGAGCAUCUAGGAAGUUCCUUUUAUACUUGAUAAUGCUCUCAGCCUUUUAGGGCUUUAUUCCUAUGAGUAGGAGCUUUUGUGCUUCUUCCUUUUAGUCUUCACUAUGGUGCUAACCAUGUUCUACGGUGUUUAUGUCUCCUCCUGCUAUUCUGCAAGCUCUUUUGAGGGAAUGAUAUUGUCCUACUUGUUCUAAUUUCAGGCUUUUGCUCAUAUGUAAUAGACACUCAGCUCUCCUACCUUGGAUUCUAUUGUAAGUAUUCAGAGUAAUCCCUCUUGUAUUGCAAUCUGAAGUAUAUUUUAGCGUGUUUAUUUCCUAAAAUUAGGACUGACUCGUCAACGAAUUGACUUACAAGAAAGUCAUUUGGUAUUUUACUCACAUAGGUAGCAACUUUGGAUAUUUAGUUAUUAUAUUCCAUAUAUAUUUCUUCUACUGGAUUUCAGAGUCAUUAGAAUAUUUCUAUUAUGACUUUGCUAAAAGAGAAACUGAUUUGUUUAUACCAACUACUUGUGGACUCCUAAUUGCUGAAUAAAGUAAUUUUUAUAUAUCUUAAGUGCUUCUGCUCACAAAGAGUAGUAUAAGGCAAAAUCUGGAUGUGUUAUUUGUAAUCUCAGUAUUUCACAUGAAACUAGCUCUGCUUUUAGAAAAUGCAGGUUGUUCUUCAUUUGUAAUUCUGCUGCCACUUCCUGUAAGCGUAUCUGCAUGCACAGGUGGAGUUAGGGAUGAAAACUAGCAAUGCCCUAAAGUGACGUUUUUCAGUAUGGUUAUAGUUUCCUCAGAGUACCUGUGGAGAGAGUGGCUGCAGUCUGUUGGAAAUCAGACAUUCUCUGUCAUGAAUUAACUUUGGCUCGCAAAUCUAACAAAAAAGAAUCACUCAUUUGUAUCUUAUUUAUGCCACAGCCUCCCACAGUACUUUAGCCCUUUUAUGGGAGUUACUCAAAUGUUGGUUGGACUAAUAUUUUGGUUUGGUUUGAGGGACUCUUUUUCCUUCUUACUGCAUAUUUGCUCCUGUAUAAACUCAGUAUAAAAUGGCAGUUUGAUGUAUGUUCUUCAUACAUGUCUAACUCCGUGGGGUUGUGAUGUAAACAUGAUAACAUUGUUUUAGAUCAUUUUGGCUUUGUUUGCAGCCCUCAUUAUUGGUGACCUUAUUCUGGUAGGGUGACGCACCGGUAAUACUGAUGAACCUACUAAGCCUGCCAGCUGGGAAAUUGAUGAUGACUCUAGGUUGCAUUGCUAGAUAAAAGAUUGGGAUGCUUCCUUCACUUUAGAGUGAAUUAAAUUGCCCAUUAAGCUUCCAAAUACUACCUAGUCUUAAUGUGUGUGUUGCUUCAUAACCUUGUCAGCUGUUACUAGUGUCAUACUUCUUAAUACACAUAUAAAAGUUACUGUUCUGAUAGUGCUAAGCAAAGCAUGUUCACGGAUGUAAACCCAUUAUAACUAGUGGUAUGAUUGUGAGGUUAGGUGAAAAUGUGCAGUGUACAUUUGAAAAAAUAAUUCAGAGUUUUCCUUCCCUGUAAGUUACUUGCCCAUCCUUACGUAUUCUCGUCCUCACAUCCUACCUACAAUACACAGGACUAUAGUAACAUAGCAUGGCUAUUAAAAACUAAAUAUACCGUCACUACUAGAGUGCACUACAUCUUGAACCUAUAGAGAUGAUUCACACAGAAAUAAGUACCAGUACAUACUUCAUCUCUGGUAAUGAGACGUAUAAUUAUGGUAUCUUUGUUUAGGGCCCUAUAAAAAAAGUUCUGUAGGACUGAAAAGAUUUGCUGAACACAGAUGAGCUGCUAACCUAAUGAGUAAACUUAACCAGUGUUAACUUUCAGCCCUAGAAAUACGGAGUUUUAUUUGGGAAUAGAAACACUCUAAUGGUAUAUAGGCUAACAAAUACCUUAAUGAGCCAAAAUGAAGUACAGAUUUAACAUUUGGCUUCAUUGUGUGCCUCAGAAAAGUCUUGGUUUUCCUAAGAAGCAUAACUAGCGGCAAGAAUUGUAGAGAAAUGGUCAUAAAAGCUAAAGUAACUGUAGUAAAUAUAGCAGAGUUUGAAUAUAUUACUUGACUUCAAAAUGUGCCUUUGCCAAUUACUGGGACCUUAGUAUACAAAAAAAAUCAGUGAAUUUCUCUGAGACAUAAAAUAGGGAGCUCAUCAAGUAAUUAAAAUAAUUAAAUCAUAUAAAGAUAAUCAAGUCAAAAAGCUAUACAAAAUGGAAAUAUCUUUUGCUGUAAAUAUCUUUUUGUAGUAAAAAUUGAGCAUUCUUUAAUCUUGCUGUGUCUCAGAAGGCAAGCAUGGGAUGGUGGGAGAAGUGGCAGCUUAUGUUGACCACCCCUUUAGCUUGAUCUCCCCUUCACUCACCCCCAUUUCACUAAUGCAAAGGAAAACAUACACUCAAAAUUACAUAGCUGAGAUACUAUGAGUCGGUGAGCUUAUCAGUAUUAAUAAGGCUUUGAAAAUGACAAAUUUGCUGUUUUAUGGGAAGAUUAUGAACCAGUAAAACAGAAGACAGGGGUAUCACCUGUUCUGAGGCUGCCAGGGUGACACAGCUCUCAAGAUAAAACACAAGUAAAAAUCAUAGUUGGAGUGUGUAUUAAUAAGUCAGCACGAACGUGUAGAAAUAAGAAAGUAUAAGUCUGUUGGGAUACUUAUAAAGUAGUCCAGUGAUGAGGUGAAAAAACAUGCAUUAAGACCACUAUUUGUGCUGGUUAUGGUUAGAGAACAGCUAUCUUGGCAAACUCAGGUACAGAUAAUAAACAGAAAACUAGUCCUGUGAUAGACUCAGAACUGAGGAUAUUCCACAAGUUGGCGUAAAUACAGGGGAGCCUUAAGACUAAAAAAGGUUCGUGGAUACAGUGCUGAAUGUGAGUCAACAGCACAGCAGGAGUUGAAGGCCAUUUGAAAGCUUGAGAAUAAACACUAGUCCUUGUACUUCAAGAAAAAGCAGAACCUGUACCAGGACAUGAAGAACUUGGAGAUGAAAAGGAAACCAGACCUGUAGCUAAAUAAAUUGAAAGUCAAUGAGUCUUUCAAGAAUCAAGAUUAUUUUUGUGAGAACUCUUUAUAAGGCAGUAUAUAGCAUAUAAUUCCUGUAUGUCAUGAUAUAAGCAUUCUUAGCACACAACUAAAAAUAACCACUAUCUGCCAGCUGUUGAGAGUGGUGAUGAAGGGUUUUAAAGUCAGGCAUGUGGGAAACUUUCUGACGAAAGGGCCUCUGAACUUUGAAGUGGGUUCCUAGUAAGCCUCAAGGGGGCACCUCAGAAGUAUUUACAAGUUGAAUGCCAUAUUUGCACUGUGUCCAAAUGCAGCUCUCCUUAGAGGCAGGAGGAUUGAGAUGCCUCCCCACUGAGAACGCAGUGGCCCCUCACCAUACAUGAUCCAGCCUCUUAUCUUUUAUGGUACUAUGAUUCCUUUUCAUCUAGAUGUUAGAGUGAGGUCACUUCCUGUACUUAAUUUUUUUCUUUAUUGUUUGUCUUAAAUCUGGUGUUAGUCCCACAUGACCAACCAAUUUGCUCAGAUUAUGCAAUCAGAAUAGAUGGAUUUUUUUCACAGAUGUGAGAGGAUUAAAAUAGCACUUUGGCAAUUUUGAACCAGAGUAGAUUUGAGAACUAAUUGCUUACCUUCCGUAGUCUAGACCAGUGGUGGCAAACCUGUGCCAUGAGUGCUGAAGAGGACUGUUUAUAUCAUCGAAAGCUCUAAAAUGCUCACUUGUCACUGCUCUAGAUUAUCCUCUCACAAGCUCGUUAGAGGAACUUGAGUUUCUGAAUUGACACUUGGAAGAAUUUGAUGAUUGCGCUAGUAUGAGACCAGCAAUGAAGUUCUCAGCAUUUUUGGUUGUGUUUUAUUAAGGGAAUUAGGAAUGUGUAUUUCCCAGUGUUUAUUAUAAAAAGUUUCAAGCAUAUAAAAAAUAAUUUUGUGAUAUACUGCCUAGAUGUUAGUUACUAACUAUCCUUGCUUUAUCAUGUAUGCAUCAGUUCAUCAGUCCAGAUUUCUAAUGAAUUUAAAUUCCAGACACCUACACUUCCUACUACAUAGUUCAGCAUAUGACAAAUACAUAUAGUGCUAUCAAGAUAGAAAACAGCACUCUAGAAAGUUCCCAUGUGGCCCUUUCCAGUCAAUCCUUAUUGUCUGUUUAACUUUUAGAGGUAACCACUGUUCUUUUUUCUACCAUAAGUUAGAAUUUCUGUUCUUCAACUUAAUUGUAAAUAAAAUCAUAUCAUAUACUCUUCUGCAAGGCUUCUUCACUAUCAUAGUGAUUGGGAGAUUUAGCCACAUAGCUGGGUGUACAUUAGUUCACCCAUUAAGUCACUUGUGACUGAGUAGUGUUCCAUUCAUGGUAUAUUGUAGUUGGUUUACACAGUUUCCUUUUGGCUACCUGGACUGUUUCCAGGAUCAGCAAUUAUAAAUAAAGCUGCUGUGAUCAUACUUACAUAGGUCUAUGUGAACAUAAGUGUUUAUUUUUCUCUUGGGUAAAUAGGAUUAGAAUUGUUUGAUUGAUUAUAGAGUAGUUUUGAAAGAAAACAUUUCUUUUUCAAUGCAGUUGUCCCUGAAUUUUAUAUUUUGGGUGUGUUAGAAAGGGAUACGCUAUUUUUUAUGAUCCAUAUUGAAAUAUUAGGAGAAGUAGGUUUGGGGUAGAAAUGGUUUCAUUCAUGGUUAAUAGUUAUUUGAGGGAAGCAAAGACUUGUCUGCCCGAAACAGCUCCUCAAAAGGUUGCUAUGCUUGAAAUUUUAGCUUUAGUUUUUCUCCUUGAGAGGUUAAGCUCUGAGCAUGGUGAUAUAUUAGCUAGAAGAAACAGCACUGGUUUGUUCAUAUUACUAACUUUUGCCACCCGUUUUCAGUAAGUAAAAUAAGACUCUCAUCAUUGAGUAAAGAGAUACUGUUUGUUUGUAGAGUUGGAGGCGGUAGUUUAAAAACACGUACCAGUAGUCAGUCCUCGGGUACAACAGUGUGAGAGAGUCUCCUGGACAGGGACAUCCCCCAGAUGGUGGUCGGAAAAGCAGAAAACAGGGUGGGAAGAAUUCUACCUCACAGUUUUGCAUAGGGGAUAGCUAUGCUUUUGCAGGACAUUUUAGCCUUUAAAAAUAAUAUUUUCAAUGUUGCUCUUUUAUUCAGUACAGUACUACACUCUGAUGACUUUCUUCUUCACUGUGUUUAAUCCUUCCUGCCGGUUCUAUUAUGUAAAGCAUUCACCUGUAUUAGCCUGUAAGAUUAUAAUCAUAUAUAUGUUUCCAGUGCCCAUAUUCAGAGAUAUUUGUGUAUGAUUUAUCCAGUCUUUCCUAUUAGAUUUUUAAGGGCUGGGAAAUUUGGCUUCUACUGUAAAUCCUUAUAAUGCUCCAUACAUUGUAAAUAUGCAAUAAAAAUGUUUAAAACUA